AACAUGACUCAGGUUGUUACUACCGCGACACAUCUGUGCAAGAGGGAGAGUAUCCUGGUUGUAGGCGACCACCUUGCACGCGAAAAAAAAGGGGAAGCAUCUGCAACUAAAAGGGAAAAGAGGAUAUUGAUAACUGUACGAAACAAGGUCUUAUAAAUACGCCCCGUCAGUUUUGGAGGAACGUUUACAACGAUUAACAAGCAUUCGUUCGGAAUUCAAGGUCACGAGAGAACAGCGGAGACGGGAAUGGCUACCGAUACAGGCAUCAUGUCAUGCGAGGCCGCCGCGCCCGAGAAAGAGGGAAUCUAUCUCGUUAGUCGCGCUCUCGAGGGAUGCCUGGCCGUCAUAAGCGGCUCGACGCCGGAGGACGCAGUCGUCGUGGCAGCGAGGCCCGACUGCAACGAGAAGCAGCAGUGGCACAACUGCGACGGACAGUGGCAGUGGGGCGAGGAUCGCUCGCUGUGCCUGGCCCCGGCGCCCGACGGGGGCGUGGUGGGGCUGGCCAAGUGCAGCUCCUCGUCCGCGAGGUGGCUCUUGGACGCCGAGGGCAGGAUGACCAUCGACUCUCGCGCCCUGGCUGUGCCCAAGAGGUUCAACGAACCUCUAGUUCUUAAGCACAUUAAUGAGAGCAACCACGAAAAAUGGUGGACAGAUGCCCAAAUGAAGGCAUCAUUAAAGGGCGUGAAGCCAGCGGUGUAUCCCAUCGCUGCUGUCGACACCACCACGUACGAGCAGGAGAUUGCUCGGGGCAUCCUGAACCGGAUUGCGCCGCUGAACGAGCCGCUGCCGUACCCGCGCGACGUGGCCAGGUUCCCCGGUGCCGUCGACGACGCCACACCGCGGGUUCACAAAACCGUCACGCUGGAUCUCUCCGUGCUGGGCCAGCCCAGCAACCUGCGUAUGAUGAAACCUCGAGACUGGCAGGCCACCGACCUGUACGUGGCAGCGGGGGACGUAUUCCAGGUUGAUCUCCCGGAGACUCUGUCGCCGCAGCGUGCGGAGCAGAUCGGGAUUCUCGUCGGCGCCCACACCGACAGGCUCACUCCCCAUUCGGGCACCGUGCGACACAAACACUUCUGGCGGAUGCCGACGAUCACAGAGACGUUCAAAGUCCAGCCAGGGCAAAAUCUCCUGCGGAGUCAGUACGGAGGGAGACUCAUUUUUAUGUUCAAAAACGGGGAAAACUUCAAAAUCGAUGCCGUCGUGUCGAACGUUGUGGAAGCGCCAUAUUUCCGGUUGGGAAAGACGACUCCUGACGAGUGGGAGAAUCUGAAAAAGCUCGAUGCCCCUCAAGCCCUCUUCGAGAGCAACAGGGUCGUGCUCGUGGUGAAAAGCAAAGUCGUUCGCGAACUGCCUUUCCCUGACCAACUGAUGCAACGGUAUGAGCAGGUCAUUGACAGCCACAAUGACCUCGCCGGGUUUAGCGAAGAUGACCCACCCCCGAGGGCAAAAUUUUGGCUAGUUAAUGACAUUCAGAUUUCAGCGGGCUCGGCGCACGCGGGGUUCCCGGUGAUGGUCGGCCCGUGUAGGAACCUGGCCUCCCUCCACACGCCCUACUGCUGGUGCGUCUGGCACGAGCUCGGCCACGAUUACCAGCAGGCGCACUACUGGUCGUACGCGUACGGGAGCGAGACAACCGUCAAUCUUUUUUCCCUGCAUGACGAAGAACGUUUUUUCCAUAAGGAUCAGCUGAAGGACAGCGGCCUUUAUCGCAAGACAGCUGCGAAGGUCGACGAUGGCAUGACAUUCAGCCACGCCAACUGCUGGCAGAAGCUCGUGUUCCUGAUGGAGAUCAAGUACUACUUCCCUGAUGUCGGCUGGGACAUGUACCGCCAGCUGAACCGAACGACGCGGGCGCUGUCGGAGGAGGAGGCCCACCACCUCGCCACCAACCACCAGUCGCAGAUCGACUACCUGUACAAGAACCUGAGCAAGAGCGUGUCCCACGACCUGAUCCUGACGAACGACCGCUGGGGCAUCAAGAUCAGUCAGAAGGCGCAGCAGGAGAUACAGAGCCUCGGGCUACCCAAGGCGCCGGCUGAUCUGUCCAUCAGGGAUUAAGGGCCAUCGUACAAUCUUAGGCUCUUGGCCUGAAUCUGCGGAAUGUUUGAUUUAGGUCAUUAGUAGAUUUUCCUUUGGAGUGUCAUUUGCGUUUAUAUGAAGUUAAUCUAAUUCUAGGUUUGAGGUUUUAUAUUGCGUGCCGUUAGGAAAAUUACUACGAUUAUUUUUCCCUCGGCAUCUUUUCCCUCUUUGUCGUAUAUGUAAUUCCGUUUCUUAUUGGGCGGUGAAGCAUAUUCAACGCUCUUUUCUAAAUCCUAUAUCUUUAUCCAGUGUCUUCCUUCUUUCUCUACUCUUUCCAUUUGCCCUGUCCUCGCUGCUGUCGACGAUUUUCUCUCUCUCUCCCUCUCUCUCUCUCUCUCUCUCUCUCUCUCUCUCUCUCUCUCUCUCUCUCUCUCUCUCUCUCUUUCUCUCUCUCUCUCUCUCUCUCUCUCUCUCUCUCUCUCUCUCUCUGUCUCUCUCUCUCUCAGACCCCCUCGUCUUGCCAAAAGGAACGAUAGGCUCAAUUGACAGUACAAAAAAAAGUCUACCAAAAAUGUCUUCUUGUUCACUUCAUACAUCCUUAGUGUCUCUUUCAUCGAUUUUUGUUUGAUAUAGCGUGUGUAAAGUUUGUCAUUUACUGGACAGGGAUGCACAAGGUCUGCCGCAUUUAUAUCAGUUUGUGUGAUGCAUUUUGCUUUGAAUAUCUGCCUUGUCACUGACCUCGGCUAAGUAAAUUUCAGCUCCACUUAAUAAUUACAAGUGCUGUCUCAUCAUAAUUUUCUUUCGUGUUUUAAUUCUUAUGCUUUUAGAAGAUCUCAGAAUAUACUGUGUAAUUUUGACUUUCAAAUGUAUUGCCAGUAAUAACCGACAAUAAAGAGAAAUGCUUA